UAUUUUCUAGCAUUGUCGUAUUUGUCUGAGACAUCUCAAGUGCAAGUGUCGAGUGUAAAAUCAACAAAAAUGAAUGCGUUAAUUGAUUUUGACGAGUGCCUUCGGGAUACGCCAAAAUUUAGAUCGUGUAUCGAGAAAGUAGAGACUAACAUCGAUCAAUUGGAGCAGAAAUUGGAUAAGGUGCUCAAAAAUUGCAAUUCGAUGAUUGAUGCAGGCAAAAUAUACGUGGGACAUCAGAGCCAAUUUGCCACAAGCCUCUGGGAGUUAUCCACGUACUUUAACGACGAUCCAGAGGUGAUGGCGUCCCUGAACAAAUUGAUUCACGCCCUGCAGGAGAUGAACAAGUUUCACACGAUACUUUUGGAUCAAGCUUCUCGUACAGUAGUCAAAGACCUCAGUCUUUUCAUAAAAACUGACAUGAAAAAAGUGAAAGAAUCUCGUCACUAUUUCGAGAAGAUUUCCAAUGACCUUGACCUUGCCCUCAACCGCACCUCCCAGAUCCCGAAAUCCCGUCCUUCGGAGUACGAAGAAUCCUCAAAUAUUCUUUCAGCGACACGCUCUUGCUUUCGUCACACAGCCCUGGAUUACAUCCACACCCUGACAAUGCUCCAUUCUCGUCGCCGUCACGAAAUUCUGGGGAGUCUUCUGAGCUACAUACACGCAUGUUUUACGUACUACCAUCAGGGGACAGACCUAGCCCAGGAUCUGGAUCCCUUCCUGAAGAAUCUGAGCACUGAAUUAGCAAGAAUGCGUUGCGAUUCGUCGAAGCUUGAAAAAGAGAUGGAGAAUCGGCAUAUUUUGGUCACCAGCAGAGACCUAGUGCCCCAAAGCUUCCCUGGUACAUCGAAAAUGGAAGGCUAUCUCUUCAAACGGACAAGCAAUGCCUUCAAGACCUGGAACAGACGAUGGUUCUGUUUGAGAGAUCAUCAGUUGGUGUACCGAAAACGAACUGGGGAAGACGACUUCACAAUUAUGGAGGAAGACUUGCGUCUGUGCACGGUCAAGCCAGUUGUUGAUAAUGAGAGGAGGAAUUGUUUUGAAGUACUCAGCCCUACCAAGAGCCACAUGCUUCAGGCCGACUCUGAGGAGAUGUAUCUGGCUUGGAUUACAGCUACUCAACAGGCUAUUGGAGCUGCCAUCCAGAGGGGCAUGGGGACGAUCAAUUUAAAUAGUCUUCCUGCUAACUCCAAGGGUCCUAUCAGGCCCCCAUCUAGGCCAAAAUCCCGAGUCUGGGAGCAGCUCUUAAAAAUUCCUGGCAAUGACCAUUGCUGCGACUGCGGCAACUCCAAUCCUAGAUGGGCCAGCAUAAAUUUAGGAAUAACUCUGUGCAUCGAGUGCUCUGGGGUACACCGAAGCCUGGGCGUUCACUACAGCAAAGUUCGAUCACUAACCCUCGAUGAUUGGGAGCCGGAGAUCCUUAAAGUAAUGGCAGAACUCGGUAACAACGUCGUAAAUAAUGUCUACGAGCCCGCAAAUCUCACCCCACCUUCAGUAACCAAAGCCUCCCCAAAGUGCUCCUCGGCAGUCAGAGAAGCUUGGAUUAAAGCCAAAUACGUCGACAGAAAAUUCGUCAAGCCCAUCACAACAUUUGCUACUGGAAUAAGUCAACACACAAGUCGAGACGUUAACAGAUUUCGGAGGUGGAGUGUGAGGAAGCUGCGAAGGAGACCGAGAAGUCAGGAUAAAAUCGAUGAGUCGAGGUCCAAGGUAUCAGGCUUAGCUUCCGUCACCGAACUCACCCUUCCGGGCAACUCUGAUGACAGUCUAACCUCAGACAAAUCCUCAGACAAGUCAUCAGACAAAACCAAAAACCCUGAACGAACCUCCAUGAGCUCCGAGGACAGUGAACCCCUGGAUCUCAAGAACAUCUCAACCCUCUACAGUAAGCCCUUCUUGGAAAAACGAAAGAGCCAGAUUUCCGAUGACUCCUGUGACUCCAGAAAAUCCCAGAGCCCCGAGGAGAUAUCGAUAUCCAACGAGAUCGACGAUGAUGACGAGAACAAGGACUCUGGCACUGAGAAAAUCAGUGAUAAAGAUUCGGAUGUUCUUAUGUUUGGGUGUGAUCUCCCCAAACCAAUGAUAGAAGGAAGUUUAGAAUUGAGUUCGGACCAAGACUCGACCGCUGGAGAGGAGGAGGAGUUUGCAGACGAGGAGGACAUUGAAAAUCUCCAUGCCGAUAUGCUGCUUUAUAAAGCAGCUGCCGCCCACAAUCUCCCUGUUAUGUGUGCUGCACUGGCUGCAGGAGCUGAUAAGAGCUGGUGCAAUAUCAACGAUCGAGGAAGGAAUGCUUUGCAUCAAGCCAUCAUUAGUGGAUCUGUUAUGUCAUGCGAGUAUUUGAUACUGAAUGGCGCCAGAAUCAAUUGUCAGGAUGCCAAGGGCAAGACACCUCUUCAUUUGGCCACCGAGCUAAGUCACACGGCACAAGUUUGCUUAUUGCUUAAACAUCGGGCUGAUCAGCAUAUUGAGGAUGAGAGAGGAGUCAAGCCCCUGUCUAUUGCUGUCCAGGAGGCCAAUGCUGAUAUUGUGACGUUACUGAGACUGGGAUUACUCAAUGAGGAGAUGAAGGACUCGGAGAUCGGUGUUACUGGAGACGAGACUUUUAACGACGUUGUCAGGGACUUUAGUCAGCUUGCUUGCUCCCACCCGGAGAGACUUCAAAGGAGGAAUGAGGGGACCAGUGCACAGGGGGCUGAAUAAAAAGGUGAGGAGAAUAGCUGCAUCGAUAAUGCUUUAAUUUGUGAGAAGGCACUGAAAGUGGAACGCGUGGAAACACGAGGUCCUGAAAAUCAAUUGCUUUAUCUGAUAAUAAGGAUUAUGUGGUACUAAAGGGGAUUCAGCUAUGCUUCUGGAUCGCCCGCGAUAUCUUUAUCUCUAGAUUUUUUUUAUAUUCUUUAUCAAGUGCGUUAUUCUUGAAUGUCUCUGAAACUAGGACCGUUAUCGAAAAAUAUGAGAUGGGUUUUUUAGAAAGGAAUUAUUAAGCUUUAAAAAAAAUUAUUCGAUAUUUUCUAAUGAAACUAGAGGAUAACAGAGUGAAGUGAAAUGGUUUCCAUUGACUCCCAUUUUUAAUAUUUUUACAUAUACCAAAAUAUUGAAAAUUAUAAAAAAAAUAUAAAUGCCUCACUUUGUCCAUUUACUUUUUUGGGUUCCAGAGAUAUUUCAAGGAUUUAUCAGAUUCCAAGUCAUUUAGUCUUUCGGAAAAUGCCAUUCUUCGGAUAUCUCUGAAAUUAAUUUUUAUAUUUUUUAAAUAUUACGUUUACAGUAAAAUAAAGGUUUUUUUGUAAAUGCAUUAAUUUUUGAGAUUGAUAAUUUUUGGGAUAAUAUGUGGGAGAUUCUUGAAAUGACGCGCUUGCGAUUUCAAUGGUGAAGUAUGCGAUAACGAAUUUUAGAGAUAUUAUUUUUUAAUCGUUACCCGGUCUAAUACAUUUCGAGAUUUCAUUAUCAAUUAUGUAGGCUUGAUUGUCACGUUGAUAAUGUUUAUGAUUAGUUAAUGACUUUAAUGAUUGAUUCUUGUAGUUUUUAUAAUUAUUAUAUUAUCGAUUUUCAUUUGAUGAUCAAAUUUGAAUUUCACAGUGCUAAUUUUUACUAUGGGUGAGAUCAUUUUUUAAACUUGGUUUCAUAAUAUUAAUGUACAUAAACUAUUUAUUAAGAAAAUUUAUACGAAUCUUCCAAGCUAGAUGAGUAAGGGAAAUCCAUUAGUUCUGUAAAUAAUUUUUUUUCUAUCUUAAAUAUAUUUUAGAUUAAUCAACGUUUUCAACGAAUCAUAAACCCUUUUACUAUUUUUAAUCUACUGACGUUGAAGGCCCUAUUUUUGUAACGAAGAGAUAAAACGGGUUUAGGGAUUUUCAUUCGAGAUCAGUUAUCGAGGAGUACCUCCGAAAUUGAUAGGUACAGCAAAAUUUUCGUCGAUGAGAUUGAAAAUAAUGAAAAAAAUAAAACCCUCAAGAAUACCACUAUUUCAGAUUCGGAGAUAUUCCUCAACAACUCAUCUCGAAAUCAUAUUAACUCGAAUCGAUUUCCCUCUUCGUUAC